UAAGAUGUCAAAAUUAACAAAACUUUUCAUCCAUUGAAUUUUCCACUUGCAAAAAAAGUGAAUAUUUCUUUAAAUAAGUAAAAUGAUUACACAUUUUUAAGUAUCAAUAACGAGUUUCUGAUUUUUAUGAAUAAUAGUAAUAAGAUUUAUAGUUUAUGUCUAUGAUUAAAAUCUUUAAUUUCAAUGUUUUUCUUUAACCGGCAUUUUGUUCCUUUGGCGGGAGAAAUUUAUGUCAAAAACAAAUUACAAGAAAAAUAGUAUUAAAAUUGAAGGUAAUUCUAUAUAUAUAUAUUUAUAAAUAAUUGACUAUUUUUUAAAAAUGGAAACGCCUGAAAAUUUUCCAUUUCCUUUUCCACCUUAUCCCAUUCAAAAUCAAUUUAUGAAACAACUUUAUCAGUGUCUGGAAAAUAGUAAUUUGGGGAUUUUCGAAAGUCCCACCGGUACUGGAAAGUCACUUUCCAUAAUUUGUGGUGCAGUAAAAUGGCUUUUAGAUCACGAAUUAAAUGAGAAAAAUAUUUUAAAUAAAAAAAUAAUGGAAAUAAAUGAUAAAAUAGAUGAACUCACGAAAGAAUGCGGUAACGAUUGGUUUUCACUGCAGACUCAACAAUUAGGCUUGACAAAUGAAAGACAAAUUUUACAAGCAAAAUUAGAUGCAAUAAUGAAAUUUGAAGAAAAGAAAAAUAAAUUUAAACAACGUUUAAAGCAAGAAGAGAAAACAAAGAAGCGUUACGUGAAACCUAAAAUUCCUGUAAUUUCCGAGAAAGAAAAACUCACAACUCACAAUGAAAAUUCAAUUGAAGAUAAUAAUGAUGAAGAUCUCCUUCUAAAUGAAAUGGAUUCCGAAUCUGAUGCAUCCGAUGAAGAUGAAUCUUUAGAAUUGUAUAAAAAUUGUAAAAUAUUUUUUUGCUCAAGAACUCAUUCACAACUUUCACAAUUUGUUGGAGAAUUGAAGAGUAGCCCUUAUUCUGAAAGUGUUUCGGUUGUUCCUCUCGCUUCGAGACAAAAUUACUGUAUAAAUAAAUCCGUGAAGAAACUUCGAAACGUUAAUAUGAUUAAUGAUCAGUGUUUACAACUUCAAAGGAAGAAAACGACUUCGAAAAAGGAGAAGACUUUGAAAAAGAUGAAAUCAACAAGUGGCUGUCCAUUUAAACCUGGUGAUCAAGAACUGUUGCUAGCGGAAAUUUUAACAAAUAUACAAGAUGUCGAAGAAAUUGCUCAUAAAGCCGAAGAAAUAAAUACAUGUUCUUAUUAUGGAUCUAGAAAAUCUGUUGAAGACGGACAAAUAAUUUUAGUUCCAUAUAAUUCAAUUUUGCAUAAAAACACUAGAGACAGUUCUGGAAUUAAUUUGAAAAAUAAUAUACUAAUAAUUGACGAAGCGCAUAAUCUUUUAGAAGCAAUUGAAAGAAUGCACAGUAUUACAAUUAAUGGAAGACAUAUUAUUCAUUGUUACAAUCAAAUUUCUCAAUAUCAAAAAAGAUUUCAAGCUCUCUUUUCUGCCAAGAGUGUAAUGUAUUUAACACAAUUAAAUUUUUGUUUAAAGAAACUCAUGAAAAUGCUAGGAGGUAAUUUUAAAUCACAACCAAAUGAUAGUACAAGUAAAGAAGCAUUAUCUAAACAUUAUACUGUGAGAGACUUUGAAAUGAUUGCUGAACUUGAUUCUGUUAAUAUUUUUCAUUUAUUAGAAUUUAUAAAAAAUUCGAAACUCAUUCAUAAAUUGCGAGGAUAUGCAGAUAAAUAUGAGAAUGGAGUGAUAAUAAAUACAAUAAGUAAAAAAGAAACUGGAGUAAAGGCAUUUUUAAAUAAAUUACAAGAUAAAGAUGUCGUCGAGGAAAUAGAAACGAAAUUAAUUGAAAAAGAGAGUGAAGACUAUAACAGUAGUCCUUUAAUAUUAAUAAACAGUUUUUUGGAAUAUUUACUAACGAAAAAUGCUGAUGGACGAAUAUUUGUUACGCCUGGUGUGACAGUUGGUCAAGGAACUUUGAAAUUUCUUCUUCUUAAUCCCGCUGCUCAUUUUCAUGAUAUUGUGCAAGAAGCAAGAGCUGUGAUUUUAGCUGGAGGUACAAUGGAACCUAUGUCAGAAUUUAAAGAACAAUUAUUUAUUGGCGCCGGAGCGAAUCCUGAAAGAAUAAUGACUUUCUCAUGUGAUCAUGUAAUUCCAAAGGAAAAUAUUUUGACAAAUGUAGUUACUAAAGGACCCACAGGAGUUGAAUUUGAAUUUAAUUAUCAAAAUCGAGGAAAUGAUAAAAUGAUGAGUGAAUUGGGUCGCACUUUACAAAAUAUUUGUAACAUUGUUCCAGCUGGAAUUGUUGUAUUUCUGCCGUCUUACAGUUAUGAAGAAUUGCUUUACAAAUAUUUAGAAAAUUCUGGUGUUUUGGCUAAAAUUGGUGGUAAAAAAUGCAUUUUUCGAGAACCAAAAUUAACAUCACAAGUGAAUCAAGUUUUGGAAAAAUAUGCACAAGCUGUGAAAAAUCCCAUAAAACCACAAAAUGGCUCGUUAUUAUUUAGUGUUGUUGGUGGUAAAUUAAGCGAGGGUUUGAAUUUUUCCGAUGAUUUGGGAAGAUGUAUUAUUGUCGUGGGAAUGCCUUAUCCAAAUAUUAAAUCACCUGAACUUCAAGAGAAGAUAAAAUAUCUAAAUGAAAGUGUGAAACCGGGAGCUGGAAAUAUUUUUUAUGAAAAUUCAUGUAUGAAAGCUGUUAAUCAAUGCAUUGGUCGUGCCGUUAGACACAGUAGAGAUUAUUCAACUGUUAUUUUACUGGAUAAACGUUAUUCAAAUAAAAUUAACGCACUUCCCGGCUGGAUUCAACGUACAGUGGCAAUUAAUACUUCCUUUGGAUCCGUUAUUGGAAGCAUGGCUAAGUUUUUUGCCGGAAAAAAAGCAUCCAAUUAAUCCAAGUAAUUUCAAGCAAUUAAAUUGUUUAUAUUUAUUAAAUAAAAGAAAACAAAGUUUAAA